AGGGGCGGGGCCCCGGCGGAGGGGCGGGGCCCCGGCGGAGGGGCGGGGCCUUGAUGGCGGCAAGAUGGCGCCGAAAGGGAAAGGCGGUGGAAAGGCAGGCGGCAAAGCCGGCAAGGGCGGCGACAGCAGCGGCAGCAGCAGCGAGGGCAAAGCGCAGGGCCCGAAGGGAGGCGGCAGCGCCGUGAAGGUCCGGCACAUCCUGUGCGAGAAGCACGGCCGGGCCAUGGAGGCCAUGGAGAAGCUGAAGUCCGGGCAGCGCUUCAGCGAGGUGGCGGCGCAGUACAGCGAGGACAAGGCCAGGCAAGGGGGGGACCUGGGCUGGAUGAGCAGAGGCUCCAUGGUGGGACCAUUCCAGGAGGCAGCGUUUGCCCUGCCUGUGAGCAGCAUGGACAAGCCUGUGUACACAGACCCUCCGGUCAAGACCAAGUUCGGGUACCACAUUAUCAUGGUGGAGGGCAAGAAAUAAAAUGUGAAUGACCAUGA